UCCUGACCCGCACUCUCCUGUUCUUCUAGUAGCUCGACUUUCUUCUCUCAACUCAACAAAAACCUUCCAAAACUAGCCGUUGCCUACUCGCCUUCUCCGGCGGAACCUCUUAAUUCUGAAAACACCGAAAAAGAAAAAAACAAAAACAAAACACUAUUUGUUAAAUUCAGUAAUUUUUCAAACUACUAAUUUAUUUAAAACAAAUUUAAUAACCAAAUGAGUAAAGUUAUUCUCGGCUUGCCGGGACCUUGGGCUGACGAUAAUCGUGAGCCGUCCGAUCACUACACCUCAAAAAUUGGCGGACUUCCUGACUGGCCUUUUUAUACGGAGAGUUUAAACCCUAAUUUGCUUCAGUGUGGUGCUUGUGGAAGUAAACUCUAUCUUAUUGCUCAGGUUUAUGCUCCGGUGUCGAGUGAGAGUUUAAGGAUUGAAGAACGUGUUGUAUAUGUUUUUGGAUGUGUAAUGUUAAAUUGUGGGAGCAGUCCCCUUAGUUGGAGAGCUCUUCGUGUUCAGAAAUUAGAUGAUGUGAAGGAAUCGUGUAGUGCCGCUGAAGAAAUGGUUCCUUCGAAUUCUGUUUCAGGUUCGAAAAAGAGCUGGUGGGAUAGUUUUGAUGACGAUGAAGAUGAUGAUUUAGAUUUGGAGGCUUUGGGUAAAGCACUUUCUGAAGCAUCAAGCUUGGCUUCUCAUUCCAGGAAAACAAAGAGUAACCAGAAUUCUAAGUCUAGUGUGAAGCCUUCACCUUUGAGCCAGCAGAAAAGAGUUGUAGAUGUUGAUACACCGGUUGUGCCCUGCUUUUACAUUUAUAAUCAUGAAGUGUCGUUAUCAAAGGAUGUUGCUUCUAUAUGUUCAAACUAUUCUUCACUUUCCCUUAAGGAGAAACAAACUGAUGUCGGUGAUCAGGUACAAGAAGAAAGGUGGGAAGAGGAACGCUAUGAGUAUGAUAAAGCUUUGACUGUAGAUAGGACUUACCUAAAGUUCAAGAAACAGUUGGAUGCAUACCCAGAACAAUGUUUCAGAUAUUCAUAUGGUGGGAAGCCCCUUCUGGCUACAGCAGAAGAGGGAGACCCUGGAAAGUGCAAGCUCUGUGGAGGUUCAAGGCACUUUGAAAUGCAGCUGAUGUCCCCAUUAAUAUAUUUUCUACAAGAAGCUACUGAUGAUUGUCAAAACUAUUCUUUGGAGAACUGGAAUUGGAUGACACUCAUUGUGUACACUUGUUCUAAGAGCUGUUUGAACUCAGUCGAUCGAGAAAAGUCCAACAAUGGGGGCUGGAUUGUGACAGAGGAGGCUGUUGUAGUACAGUUUGAGAAAUGCUUGAAUCAAUCUGCUCAGCUUAACUAUUUCUCAUGAUUUUUGUCUUACUUGAUAGAACCGAAGAAAUCAGAGGUAUUAAGUGCUACUCGGUCAUCGAUUUUGGUUUUAUUUAUAAAGGGUUUCUGUAUCUAGAAAAUUGGUAUAUAGCACACAUUAGUCUGUGAACGGCGAUCCAAAGUUUCUCCUAUAUAUGAAUUUUGUUAGUGUUUUGAGCUGCUAGUUGCAGGCAUAGCC